CCGCCGCGGUCUGAGGAAUGUCAACUAUUCAACAUGGAGGCGGAGGUCGAUAAGCUGGAAUUGAUGUUUCAGAAAGCUGACUCUGAUUUGGAUUACAUUCAAUACAGGCUGGAGUAUGAAAUCAAGACUAACCAUCCUGACUCUGCAGGCGAGAAAAAUCCAGUUACACUUUUAAAGGAAUUGUCAGCAAUAAAGUCUCGACAUCAAGCUUUGUAUGCACGCUUUAAACCAGUUUCUGUUGAGCAAAAAGAGACUAAGAGCCGCAUUUGUGCUACUUUGAAUAAGACAAUGACGAUGAUACAAGAACUACAAAAGCAAACAGACCUGGAGCUAUCACUACUGACAGAAGACGAGAAAGCUGUGGCAGAACAGUUAACAUCUCACAUGCCAGACUUAAUGAAGAAAUGAGAUUAAAGAAGGAAGCUCUAAUAAAGAUUAUUUCCAAAGAAAUUCA